AUGACGAGCACACUCAAGCGCAAGGCCGGCGACACGCCUGCCGCUUCAGACGCCAAGAAGCCAAAGCAGAACGGCAGCAUCACCUCCUUUUUCGGCGCCCCUAAACCCGUCCCCGGCGCCGCCAAAGCCGCGGCCGCUCCCGAGGUGCCGGCGGCAAAGUUCGACAAGGCGAAAUGGGUCGCCGGCCUGACGCCCGAGCAGAAGGACCUGCUGAAGCUCGAGAUUGAGACGCUGCACGAGAGCUGGCUGGCUUUGCUCAAGGACGAGGUGACGAGCAAGGAGUUUCUCGACCUCAAGCGCUUCCUCAACCGCGAGACGGAGAUGGGACGCAAGUGGUUCCCGCCCAAGGAAGACGUCUACUCAUGGUCCCGCCACUGCCCGUUCAACCAGGGUCAAGGUCGUCAUCCUCGGGCCAGGACCCUUACCACAACGUCAACCAGGCCCACGGGCCUCGCCUUUCUCCGUCCGCGCCCCGACGCCGGGCGCCCCCCGUCCCUCAAGAACAUUGCGGUCGCCGCGAAGCCCGCCGAGACGCCCGUUGUGGAGGAGACGAAGACGAAGGCGACGGAGGAGGACGAUGGCGAGGAGGCGGACGAGGCUGAGGAGGAGGCCAUGGUGCAGGCUCUGGCUGAGGCCGAGGCCAAGGCGCAGACUCAGCUGAAGAACGAGGCCAAGGCCGGAGAGGCGGCAGAGGCUGACGGCACAAACGGAGAGGCCGCCGGAGUUGAGCCCAAGGACUAG